AUGAUGGGAUCCCAAACACAGUCUCAACUUCAUGUGGUGGACUUCACUGACGCAACCAUGAAACCUGGCACCGACGCAUGGCUCUCAGCCUGCACUCUUGUUAGGUCUGCGCUUGAAGACAAUGGUUGUUUCGUGGCACGCUAUGAUUCAAUUGGCAAAGACCUUUGUGACUCUGUUGUAUCUGCAAUAGAACAGUUGUUUAGUCUCCCACUGGAAACAAAAAGACAAAAAACCUGCGACAAACCUUUCCAUGGCUACUUAGGACAAGUCUCGUGGAUUCCCUUGUUUGAGUCUUUGGGCAUUGAUGAUCCUUUGACCUUACAAGGGUGCCAAAAAUUCACCCACAUAAUGUGGCCGCAGGGGAAUCAUCGUUUCUGUGAAAGCAUCAAUGAGUAUGCUAAGUUGUUGGCAGAAUUAGACCAUAUGGCAAAGAGAAUGGUGUUUGAGAGCUAUGGUGUGGACAUAAAAGGAUGCGAGCGCAUGAUAAAAUCAAGCGAUUAUCUGCUACGAUGCAUAAAAUAUAGGACACCUGAGAUGGAUGAAAAGGAUACUGGAUUAGAUUCUCACACGGACUUGACCAUCGUAUCCAUAGUUCAUCAGCUGAAUCAUCUGAAUGGCUUGGAAAUCAAGCUGAAGGAUGAAGAAUGGAUUGGGGUUGAUGCCUCUUCCUCCCUCUUUGUUGUUAUGGCAGGUGACGCACUCAAUGUAUGGAGUAAUGGCAGGAUACGACCAUGUGAGCACAGAGUUACCAUGAAUGCAAAGAAAACCAGAUACUCUAUGGGACUAUUUUCUUUUAGUGGUGAUAAGAAUAUGCAGAUUCCGGAUGAGCUAGUUAAUGAGCAACAUCCCUUGCUUUAUAAACCGAUUUUCGACCAUUAUGACUACCUUCGUUUCUAUGACAAAGAGAAAAUCAAAGAGCCCUAUUCUCGAAUCAAAGCGUACUGUGGAAUCUCAGCCCUAUACUAA